AGAAAUGGAGACCCGAGCUGUAGAGACAGUAAGAAAUUGAGGAGGCUAGCAAAUUUCUAGUAGAAAGGAUAGAUCCAAGAGUUGUUGAAAAUGAUGCACAGUUGCUGUGAGCUGGAGACAAUGGCCUGCGGCUUAAGGAGUUGGCAAAAUGGAAGAGAAAGGUUUGGAGUGGUGAGAUCGGUGAUGAAGGGUGGCGAAGAGCAGAGAAAUGAUCUUGCUGCUCUAUUGACGCUUAGUUUUCUGACAUCAAUCCCAGAUCUAAUGGUGUGCAUCAAUCUUCAACCGCUCAAUUUUUUGACAUCAAUCCCUGAUCUAGUGGUGUUCAUCAAUCUUCAACUGGAUGUUGGUAUGUGGUUGGAAGAGAUAAAUUUGGGUAGCUAUCGCUAGAUUUUUGAAGAAAAUGGUGUCAACAGAGAAUACCUAGAAGGCAUGUCUAUGUUCACAACUGAACAGAUUCUCCGGUUUAUAACGCGAUGCCAUAUAAAGUGGGGUGAUUUCAUCACACUAUGCAAGGAACUCAAACGAAUAAAAGAUCUCUCUCUCUCUCUCUCUCUCUCUCUCUUUCUCCUGUGAAAAAGUAGAAGUUACUUAAGUGCUUAAAUGAAUUUGCUUGAUUGAG